GACUUUUUAAAAGAUUGCUUAUGAUCGCUUAUAAUAAGACGACAGGAAUAUAUACGCGCGGCUACAAAACCCUGGUAGAAAAAUUUACUACCAGUUUGGAGUUUGGAGUUUGGAGUUUAGAGAAGGGGAGAAAAGAUUGGCAACGUAAAAAUAGAUGGAAAUUGAUCGCGAACGAACGCAGACAAAACAAAGGGAAGAGCGUGGAGGAGCUUACUUGAGAGCGUACUUUGAAGCUGUACAGUUACAAGCAGUCAGUCGGUUAACGGAGAAAUCAAACCGGACAGAAAAAGUGGAAAAGAAGAUGAAGUAUAAGGUAAACGAUCCCGAGGACGAUGAAAGAAACAGCACGGACAGGACGAAGAGAAACGCGACAAUGUUGUGGCAAUACGGUCACGGAGAGAAGAAGAAAUUGAGCGGAAAAGAGACGAGGUUGGCGAUGAUCGUUGGUUUGUUAACGAUUACGGUGAUCGCAUUGCUGGUAACGCUGACCUUACAAAUAGCUAUUUUCCGUAAAGAAGAAUACACAGAGGACAUGUGUCAAACCGAUGAAUGCGUAAAGACAGCCGCUAGGAUAAUAGAGGCGAUCAACAGAUCCGUCGAUCCUUGCGAUGAUUUCUACAAGUUCGCUUGCGGUGGUUGGAUUUCGAAAAAUCCUAUACCGCAAAGCCAAACUUCAUGGGAUCAGUUGAGCCUUCUCAGGGAACGACUGUUAAACGAUUUGAGAAUACUUUUGGAGGAAUCGGACGAAGGCAAUCAUUUGAAAUCGAUCAAAUUAGCUCGAACUUUGUACAAAUCCUGUAUGGACACAGGCAGCGUCGAAGCAUUGGGUCUAAAGCCUAUCCACGAUGCGCUGAGCAGUUUGGGUUUGCCGAAAGAUCCAGCUAUGCAAGACGAGAUCUCGUCAGAUUUCGAUCUUCCUAAAAUUGCUGGGACGGUGCAGCGAGUUUUGGGUUUGGAUCUUUUUCUAAACUUUUACGUGAGCGAGGAUCUUCGGGACACGAGGAAAAACAGAAUGAUGAUCGAACAAGUCUCUCCAGGAUUCAGCGAGCGUUAUCUUCUUGAUCCACAACGAUUCGAAUCGGAAUUAACCGAAUACAAAGAAUACGUAAAAUCUAUGAUGCAACUGGCUGGAGCAGGAAACAGGAGCCUCGAUUUUGCCGAGGAAAUUUUAGACUUUAGCACAAAGGUCGCAAAGAUCAUGGCGACAGCGGAGGAAAGGCGUAGCGAUAAACAUUUGAUUCACGACGUGACGAUCAACGCGUUGCAACAACUUACAGACGAGCAAGUGCAACAGUGGAAUUGGACGAGCUACGUGGAAAGCGUGUUCAAUAACACAAAUGUGACGAUAGAUACCAAAGUGGAUCGCGUGCUGGUCAUGGAUCUAAGAUAUUUGCAACGAUUACCUAAACUACUAGCAAUCACUCGAACCGUUACGAUAGCGAGAUUCGUAUGGUGGAGCGUUUAUUCGACGGUCGCUCCAUUGACGUUGCAACGAUUUCGCGAUUUGGGUUUCCAAUUUUCGCAAAAAGUUUUCGGCUUGAAAGAGAAGACACCCCGAUGGAAAGCGUGUACCGGAAGCGCGAAUGCAAAUUUCGGCAUGGCUCUCAGUUACGUUUACGCGCGUAAAUACUUUAACGAACGAGCUCGCAAGAAGGCUCUGGAAAUGUUGUUGGAUGUGAAAGCUGCGUUUCAAGAGAUGCUCACCGAAUUAGAUUGGAUGGACGUUGAUACGAGAACUCGAGCACACAACAAGUUGAACGCGAUAAGACCGUUCGUAGGAAUUCCAGAAUGGAUCAACAACUCGACAAAGUUGGAGAAAUUUCACCAAGGGAUGGAGGUAAUACCGGAACGAUUGUUUGAUACGUUCUUGAAGCUGACCGACGUAGGAAUUAAGAAAAGUUUAAACAGUUUACGCGAAAAACCGAAUAAAAAUCGCUGGAUAACAACUGGUACGACGGUGAAUGCGUUUUACAGUGCGAUUUUAAACUCUGUUACUUUUCCAGCGGGUAUUCUGCAUCCACCCUUCUAUGGAAAUGGAUUAGAGUGUAUCAACUACGGUGCCAUGGGUGCUAUAAUGGGCCACGAACUUACCCACGGAUUCGACGAUCAAGGUCGUAGAUACGACGAGAACGGAAAUAUUAAGCAAUGGUGGAGCGAUGAGACGUUGCAACAUUACCACCAGAAGGUUGAGUGUAUAAUUAAACAAUAUAGUAGUUAUCGUUUACCGGAGCUGGGCAAUAAUUUCACGGUGAACGGCUUUAAUACCCAAGGUGAAAACAUUGCCGAUAACGGUGGCAUACGAGAAGCUUUUAGAGCUUACCAAAGGCUUCAAAGGAGAACUGAUAAUCGAUUAGUGGUUUUACCUGGUCUUGCCGGAUAUACUCAAGAACAGUUGUUCUUCCUCGGUUUUGCACAAGUAUGGUGCGGUAAUUAUACGAACGGCGCGUUAAAGUUGAAACUAACAGAAGGAGUCCACGCACCAAAUCAUUUUAGAGUGAUCGGAACUUUAUCGAAUAACCAAGAUUUCGCUAAAGCAUGGAAUUGUCCGACCGGAAGUCCAAUGAAUCCACCUGACAAGUGUAUUUUGUGGUAACUGAACAAGCAUCGUUCCCAGUGCACAUUGCAAAUCCUCCGCACAAAACGUUAAAAUGACCAAAAUCAUUGUCUCAUUUCUGUACGCUCUGUAAUAUACAUAUACACAAUAAAACAUAUAUUGAUCGUAAA